AUGGCUUUCAUCACGAUGCCCAUCUUAAUAACAAGCAACUUAGAAGUAGAAGGUGCAAUGAAGCAAGGUGUCCAGAGCAGCUGCAAACAAAAUGAUUGUUCCGCUUUUCAUUCAAUAUCAACUUCUUCCCAUCCAUCCUCUAAUUCAUCUAACGAAGACAGAUGCUGCUCAAAUAAGAGCAGCAGUGAUGGAAGCACAUGUGAGUCGGCAAAACUGAACUGUUAUGCUGGAGCAAAAUUUGGUGAUGCCCCAGAACCAGUCAUGUUGCCUUUGCCACCGAAACACUGGUUGAAAUGUAGAUCUUCCAAUUCAUCGUCUUUGAAACCAUGCGAUGACCUUUCGUUACAAUUGAAGGUCAUCCUUCAGGUAGCAUGA